CGUGUAUUUUUGUUUGCGCACGAUUUGAUAGCAUCGGUUCAUCGUUUGAAAUCGGUUAUAAAAAAUAAUUGAGUGGAUUGGAUUUAACGUCUGUUUUCCUUCGUUCCCGUUGAACCCGCCCAAUGGACAGCGUACUAGAAACGGUCAGGGAUGACGACUUUGUCGAGUAUUUCUUGUUCGUCCGACCAGGCGACGGCAAUGAAGACGCUGAAGAAUUGGUAAAGAACAUCAACCAAUUGAACACCAAAGUAUUGGAGCUCGUCGACCGGUUGUCCAACGGAUACAUAUGGCACAAAGACCAAUUCAAUUUGAUCCCGAGAUUUUGUCCUUCGGUCGAGCUCCGACAGUCAUUCUCUGAUACCUCCAACGAAAUAUUACCAACUCAUCUGUACGGAGUUACACAUUUUGGAGAUAACAUAGAAGAUGAGUGGUUCAUCGUUUACCUGUUGAAAGAGAUCUCAAAAGAAUAUCAAGAACUCAUCAUUCGUGUUAUAGAUUCUGAUGGUGAAUUUCUACUGAUUGAAGCAGCUGAAUGUUUACCUAAUUGGGCUGAUCCCGUUAAUUGUCAUCAACGGGUUUAUAUUAAUGAUGGUGAUAUACAUAUUAUUCCAUUGACCAGUAUAAAUAGCAAAAAGUCAAUUACCAUUUCACAAGCAUUAGAACAGAUCAUCAAAUAUCCUACUGCCACAAUAGCUACCGAAGAAGUUAAUGAUGCCAUAUCAUCUCGUUUGCAUGGGUACCCAGAAAAAAUCAAAGAAAAUCUUCACCGCUGCCAUGCUUAUAUACCUGUAGAUAUAGCUUACCUUUUAAAACAUCAACCUAGUUUAAUAGCACCUGCUGUCUUAGCAUUUUGUCACAGAGAUCCAUUGGAUGUUAGAGCUUGCCGUGUGAUGAAAAAUUUUCCUCUUAAAGAAAGAGUAAUGCGUAUGGUGACCAUGACUAAAUGUUUGUAUGCAAUGCUUGUUCAACAGAAAUUCAUUCCUGAAAGGAAGACUGGUUGGAAUUUAGUUGAAUCGUCUGAUCCUCAGUAUCAAGCACAGAUUAUAGGGAUUAAAAUAGCUUGCGGUUUUGAAAUAUUAGUCAGUCAGGCAAAGUCAGCUGUCAAUAAUACACCUAUAGACUUAACUUAUGAUAAGCGUUGGCAUCAGUACAAAUCUUCAUUAACUGAUAAAGGAUAUUUUAAGAAUUUAUAUGAAGGUUCAAAUGGAUAUAAAUUAUUAGAAGAUCAAGCUAAGCAAUAUUAUCUUUCAAAUGUAGAUGAAUAUUUAUCAUCACCUUCAAUUAGUCAGAGAAUUAAAAUAAUUUUAGAUGGUAUUACUAAAGAUGAAAUAGCACAAUUGAAAUCUGACACCACUGUUCUGGAACCAGCCGAUGAUGAAAAAUGGUUAAAUGUGACACCGUCUGAUUUAGAUCGUAUUCUUGAACAAAAGUUUGGAUUAAAAAAUUCUGAACAAACUUCAGCGUCUAAUUUAGCUUCAACAUUUACUGACAAAAUAAGAAGCUUUUUGAAUCAAGCGUCUGACAUUAAUGGAGCAGAAUUUUCUAAAAAUCAUCUAAGUGAUGAUGAUGAUGAUGGCGAUGAAAAUGCAGCUAAACCACUAAACGAAAAGCUAUCUGAGUUGUUAGUUUGCGGACCGGAAGUUAUGUGUCCAACAAAUGACGAUAAAGAUGCAGUCUCCACUAGAUAUAAGAAAAAAAAAAGUAAAAGUAUCGAAAAAAAUAAUAUCAAUUUUGAACCUGAAAAAUAUGAAGCUGCACUUAGAAGUAUUUUAGAUUUUAAAAUACCCGAAGAUGAUUGGAAUGAAUCAAACAGCUCUGACAUGGACUCUUAUGGUAGUGAUUGUGAUGAUAUUUUGUCUGAAGAUCGCGGUUCUAGUAUUUCUAAAUACAUGAAUCAAAUGGAUAAGGAAUUGGCAUCUACAUCUUUAGGAAGUAGUUUUGUUAAAAAAGAAACUAAUAGCAAAAAUAAACCAAAAAAAACUGUUCGAAUAAAUUCAAAUGUCCAGUUUGAUGAGAGUGAAGAAGAUAAUUUCUCAGAUGUAGAAGAUUUUGAACCGGUGGACAUUGAUGUAAAUGCUUUUCAAAAUAUUCUCAAGUCAUAUCAAGAACAACUGGGCCUACCAGGACCUGCGGGUAACCUUUUGGGACCAGCAGGUUUAAACUUAGGUCAAGAACCUUCUAAAUAAUUCCAUUUUAAAGUUUAAAAGUACAUGACAUUUUUUGUCUCGAUACAUUUUUUUAUUUUUUAUUUCUAUGUAAUUCACUAUCUUAUUUUUGAAACUUGAAUUAUUUUGUAUUUGUAAUUAAUACCUUUUAAUAGAAAUACUGCAUUAUUUCAAACAGUUGAAAACAAUAAUCUUUUUGAUGUUACUACAGAAUUAGCUUCAUAUAUAUCAACGACAAUAUUUCACUUUAGUUGUCCUCGUCUUUAAAUUUAAAAAAUUGUUUGUGUCUUUAAAAAAAAAAUAUAACAAUUUUUUUUUC